AUGGCACGACGUGCAUGCUUUGGCGCUGCGGCGGCCGACACGCCCCAGCCCAAGUCCAUGCGGGUGGCACUACACACUCGCCUGACACCAUCCUCCCUGUUCGACGACGAUACGCAGCUGCGUUCCUUUCGUACUCUGUGUCUGCUUGCGUCCGCAUACGACAACAUCACGGCGCUCAUAAGUCUCUCAUCAUCAUGGUCAUAUCCAUACGGCGUUGGAGGCCAUACCCAACAUGAGCACAAGCCCGGGGAGCGCGACUACGCGUGCAACAACGCGUGCGCACCGCCGGGCCCGAAGCAGUCACAGAUGGCCUGCAGGUGCGGGUCCACGGCCAUCGGGUGCUCAGGCGCGACGUGGAGAUGGAGCUUGGGGCGCGAGGAACGCGUUGCCGGAUUUGCACUGGUGCAAACGUACUCGCGACUGCUCCAGAGUACUCUGGAGAGGGUGCUCGGAGCUACUCCAGAGCACUCGGCUGCUCCGGCUACUCUCGAGACUCCGUUGCACUCUGGAGACAAGGUGUUUUUGCCUGAUGGAGUCGGUCCAGGAGGGGACUACGACAUCACCUGGGCAGAGGCAGUGGCAGUCGAGCUCGGGGGCGAAAUCGCGGAGCACCACAACCUCUUCGGGACGCUUCCCCCUGGCUCCCGCGUCGUCCGUGUGCGCUCGGACAACACAGCAGUGGUUUCAGUGGUCAACGCGGGCAGAGCCUUCUCCGAGCGCACCAACCAGGUGAUCACUAGCCCCAUUAUCUAUGGGGUAGAUGGGUGA